GCGUGAGUCAGUCGGUGAGAGCCAGCGCGCGGCACUCCGCGGUUCGCCAGUUUCGCACUCGCGUCAGUCUAGCCCCGUUCUCCACACGGCUCGCGCACACCGCCACGCUCGCACAGAUUUCCCCGCGAGUAAAAUCGUUCAAGGCAGCGCUGUUUCGACACGCCACUCGGUUGCGAAAGUCUCGCGAUGAUAUACAAGUGAGAGCUCACAUCGGACGCUAGGGUAACGCUCAUCGCGGUGAGCCAGUUUAGUGGAGCGAAGACAUUCAGUCGGCCAGGGACGGGGGGCGCGCGACGCCGACGGUCGCACACGCGGGAGCAACGAUUCCUACGCAUACUUAUCGUGUGAGGGCCACGGAAACCAAUUUUUAAUGUGUCAAGUCAGUAUAGCUUACUGCUGCUACGUCAGAUCGCAGAGCGCUUCGAGCAGGAACUACAAGGUUAUGCAGAUGAGUUCUGAACGCUUCUACACCAGGGGUAAUCAAAGGACCAUUCAUAACUUCAAUAAACUUUAACGUUCGGUUGACUGUGUACUGAGUGCUUAUCCGUAUCGUAUUCGUAUCCUUCAUUAUCGUUCGGUGUCACGAUCGCUAAUUGCUAAUUACCUACCCGGAGUCGAGUGAUAAGGCGCCAGAUUGGUGGACGAGUGUGACGAUCGCAGAUUGGCGCCAGCUGGCUUGCACGAUGGCGACCGCGCUCGACGAGACGUUGCUGUCGCGCUGCGAGAUCCCCAUCAUCGACCUGGCUCACAUAGGUACAGAUGUGUGUCCAAUGAAAUCCGUGGUGAGGCGCAUCGGCCAGCAGUUGUUUACAGCUCUCAGCGAGAAAGGCCUCGCUAUGCUUGUCAACCACGGAAUUGCUGAAGAAAAGCUUAAAGCAGUGUAUGCAGAUUUGGACAACUUCUGUGCCUUGCCGGAGGGGUCCCAGGCGCAGUACCUGUGCAACCCGGACAGCAACCAUGGUUACGUCCGCCCGGGGAUGGAGCAGUUCGAUAUCACUAAGAAGGAGCUACGUCAUUCGUUCAACAUCACAACACUGUCGGCCGCAUCGAUGCCUGCACAGGAGGAGGUGCCAGAGUUCACCCAGCACGCCGUCCCUCUCGCACACGACCUCACAAACCUCUCCCGCGUUCUUCUGCAAGCGCUGGCCUAUGCUUUCGGUUUAGCACCAGCAACAAUGCUCGCCUGCCACUCCGGCAUGCUGAAGAGCGACGGCUGCAACCGCUCCAGCAUGCGCAUCCUGUACUACCCGCCCGUGCCGCCCGAGGACGAGGGCCCGUGCUGCCAGCGCGACGGCCAGGCCUACACGCGCUGCGGGGCCCACUCCGACGCCUGCACUUUCACUCUUGUCGCACAGGAUUCGGAGGGUGGACUUGAGGUGAAGCUGAAUGACAAGUGGCAAGCUGUGGGUCAUCUUCCUGGGGCGAUCCUCGUGCAGCCUGGAGAAUUGUUGGCUUCGUGGACCACCAACUUACUACCAGCACUUAUGCACCGAGUGGUCGUGCCAACGGGGACGUACGCUCGCGCGCGCGGGCGUCACUGCGUCGCAUUCUUCUGCCACCCCGACAAAGACGCGGUUAUUCCCCCGAUCGCCCCGCGCGCCGUGCCCGCCCCCGCGCCCCCCGCCUUCACCCCGCACGUGCACCUCACCCUGCACCACCGCCUGAUGAACGCCGCGCACCACAUACAGAAGCGCUUCAGGGAAACGUACGCGUGACUAGUACGGGACACUAACAGCGAGGCGUACAAGAACCUCGCUCGUCGACACACCGCACCUUGACACACGAUUUAACUACACAAAAGCGUACGAUCACACUAGUGGCAUCAUCAAAGCCCUAUAUAGUUCUUAGUGGACUGAUUUUCUCCAUCAUUAGAAGCAGCUUCCUUUCGGCUCAUGUCCUUUACCAAUCAGUCAAACGUAUCUAGUCUUCCUAGACUUUUGACAUCCAGCUUGUAGACUAGUGACAUCAUCGUCGAAGCUCUGUGGCUCUUAUAGCUCUUAAUGGACUAGACUUCUCCAUCAUCAGAAGCAGUUUCCUUCCAGUUCAUGUCAUUACCAAUCCGUUGAAGCCAUCUAGUCUUCCUUGACUUCUGUCUGGUUUGACCUCCAGCUAGUCCACUAGUGACAAAUCGCGCAAUAAACCUACAACAUCUUCUGAGAAGCAUAUUCUUUGGCAUUUACCUAUGCUGCAUGCCGAUCCUAUAGUCUACUCCAAUUUUAGGCGUAUUCACAAUAUUUGCAUAUCAAUUCUAAUCCACGCACCUGUACUGCUCCAACACAAGUUGAUUGGAGCAAUUGCAGUUGCAUGGAGCAGUUAGUGUGCUGAUAUAGCGGGAUACGCUGCUUUAGACAAUCCGGGCAAACAUUGUAAAAAAACAUGAAGGCGCUACAAAAAUUCUGGUCGAUGACAGAUAAAGGCUGGUCCUACUUGAUUUUUAUUCUCGCUGCAACUAUGUACAAGAUUCCGACGGAACGAAAAGUUAUAAAUUAUACCCUAUUCGGAAAAAUCAAACAAAUCAAAGGUCAUAAAACGAGCCCAGAACGUAUCCUCAGGACCAUUGCCAACACUUCGCGUUUUACUUGCGACAAGGAAAUACACCAAUAUCUAGAAAUGCCAACAGUUAUUUACGAAAUCAUAAAUA